AUAUAUAUCUUUAGUCAUAAAUAGUUCGCUUUAUUAAUCUGCAAAGACAAACAAACAAAUAGUAGUGAUUAUAUAUAUAAGGUAUGUACGUACGCAUGAUCGAUAGUAAUGGGCAACAACAUCCAUGGUGAGGGUAAAAGGAGUGCAUUAUUGGCGUUGGUCGCCGCCGUAAUGGCGACAAUUAUGAUGUGGUCAACGACGGCGUGUUCUGAACGCGCAGCGGCGCCUUCAGAGUAUCCGGCGGCGGUGCCUUUAGAUGGUGGACCGGGGGAGGAUGUGGCGAAAAUGGAUGACAACGAGCUGAAGGCGUUCGCUAAAGAGUUGAUGUCGUCGUCGUCGGGAUCUUCGGCGGAUGAGAGGCAAGUGAAGGGGGGGUUCGGGCAGGAGUUGAUAUCGUCCGAUGGCGGCACGGCAGGCGGAUGGGGGUUCAUCAGCGGCGGCGGCGUCGGCGGCGGCAUGAACGGGGACAACGUAGGCGGCGGCACGGAUGCAAAUAAUUGUUGGUACAGAUGCGCGUCGAGGGGCAUCAAUUAUUGUCGGACCAUACGGACCGCUUUUUUGCGGAAGGGCUGUCUGCAUGCGUCCGGGAAAGGUUGCAAUAUGUAUUGCGGGGGCCAACCUUGGUAAUUACGUAAUUAAUUAUUUAUUUUUUUAAGAUCAAAAUUAAUUAUUUCACACGAUUCCAUCACUUACAUGUGUCCAUGUUUUUCGACCUGUGACUUAACAUUUGCAUCUAUUUUGUAUUCCUCAUACAAAAAAUUGUUUCUUAUGAAUAAGCUAAGUAAUUAAACUUACAAGUUG